AUGCCCAUCUCGGCCACCUUCGUGAACGCCGACCGCAAUGAGUUCAUCUGGAUCCGCAACUUCAACAGCGCCGAGGAGAUUCCGGCAAAGGAGGCCGCCUACUUCGCCUCCGACGAGCGCAAGGCCCUCGGUGACAAACCCACCAGCCACCUGGCCAAGAUCGAGGUCAAGGUCAUCGAGACCGUCCUCCAGCCUGCCGGCGUCGCCUAA